AUGAGCAGAGCCCCCCCUCCUCCAGGAUGGAACCGUCGGGCGACAGGACCUCCUCCGCCACCACCAGGAGCUUCGCGUACUGGCGGCCCUCCACCUCCACCACCUUCUGCAUCGCGACCACCACCACCACCAAAAUCAAGCAACCGUGUUCCUCCCGGUCCUCCAUCUGGCCCUCCACCUGGUGCCCCUCGAGGUGCACCGCCGCCACCUCCUAAGCCCCCCGCCCCUAUUUCAGGUGUUGAUCCUAAACAACUUGAUGCGCGUGCUGAGCAACUCUCGGAGCGCAAGAAAAAAUGGAUUCAACUACAAAAGCGCCGCUAUGGUGAACAAAAGGGUAAAUCUACCUAUGUCCAUCAAGCUAAAAUUGAAAUGCCACCGGAGCAUCUCAGAAAAAUCAUUAACGACCAUGGUGACAUGUCUACUCGCAAAGUUGCUGCUGACAAGCGCUCCUAUCUUGGUGCCCUUAAAUACAUGCCACAUGCAGUAAUCAAGCUUCUUGAAAAUAUGCCUCAGCCUUGGGAACAAGUUCGUGAAGUUAGAGUUCUUUACCAUAUCACUGGCGCUAUUACCUUUGUCAAUGAAACCCCUCGUGUUAUUGAGCCCAUUUACAAAGCCCAAUGGGCUGCCAUGUGGAUCGCUAUGAGACGUGAAAAGCGUGACAGACGACAUUUCAAACGUAUGAAUUUUCCCCCCUUUGACGAUGAAGAACCCCCUAUCAACUGGAGCGAAAAUAUUGAAAUUACAGAACCUUCAGAAGCAAUUGAGCUAGAGCUUAAUGAAGAAGAAGAUGGUGCCGUUAUUGAAUGGUUUUAUGAUCAUCAGCCUUUGAUUGACGAUAAAAAAUAUGUGAAUGGACCUUCAUACCGUACCUGGAAACUUGGACUUGCUGAGAUGGCAGUUCUUCACCGUCUGGCAACUCCUCUCUUAACGGACAAAACAGACCGUAAUUACUUUUACCUUUUUAACAAAGAAGCCUUUUUCACGGCAAAAGCCCUCAACUCUGCUAUCCCUGGCGGUCCCAAGUUUGAGCCUCUCUACAAGGAUGUCAACCCAGAAGACGAAGAUUUUGGAGAAUUUAAUACUAUUGACCGUAUUAUUUUCAGAAGAACCAUCCGAACAGAAUACAAGGUCAUGUAUCCUCAUCUCUACAACUCCUUACCCCGUUCAGUUCAUCUGACUUGGUACCAUGACCCCCAGACUUGUUUUAAAGUAGCAGAAGACCCAGAGCUUCCUCCCUUCUACUUUCACCCCACAUACGAGCCAAUCUCAUCACGAACAGUAUCUGCAUACAGGGAUGACCUUCCUUCUUUUGAAGAAUUUCAUGAAGAAGAAGAUGAUGAUUUCACCUUACCUGAAGAUUGUGAAGCAUUUCUUGAAGAAGAUUCUCUUACUACUGAAAAUACAGCCGGUGCAAUCAACCUCUGGUGGGCUCCAUAUCCUUUUGAUCGCCGCAGCGGCCGCAUGGUUCGUGCUGAAGAUGUUGCUUUGGUUAAGCACUGGUAUCUUGAGCAUCCGAAUACAGAAUACCCUGUCAAAGUCCGAGUGUCGUAUCAAAAACUUCUCAAAACAUACGUCCUCAAUUCUCUCAAGACGCGGCCUCCGCCAAAUCAGAAAAAGCGUAGCUUACUCAAAAGUUUGGGCAAUACCAAGUUUUUUCAAGAAACUACAAUUGACUGGGUUGAGGCCGGUCUCCAACUUUGUCGUCAAGGUUUUACCAUGCUCAAUCUCUUGAUUCAUAGAAAGGGUUUGACCUAUCUUCACUUGGAUUAUAAUUUUAAUCUCAAGCCCAUCAAGACCCUCACUACCAAGGAGAGAAAACGUUCCCGUUUUGGUAACGCUUUUCAUCUCAUGCGUGAAAUUCUUCGCAUCAUCAAACUUAUUGUUGAUGCCCACGUUCAGUAUCGUCUUGGUAAUGUCGAUGCUUAUCAGCUUGCAGAUGGUAUUUACUACAUUCUUAAUCACCUCGGCCAUUUAACUGGUAUCCACAGAUACAAGUACAGAGUCAUGCAUCAAAUCAGAACAUGCAAGGAUCUCAAGCACGUUGUUUACUAUAAAUUCAACGUUGCCAUUGGCAAGGGACCAGGUGCUGGCUUUUGGCAGCCCGCAUGGAGAGUCUGGAUUUUCUUCUUGCGAGGAAUUAUUCCUCUGCUGGAAAGAUGGCUUGGUAAUCUUCUUGCUCGUCAAUUUGAAGGUCGUCAUUCUAAGGGAAUUGCUAAAACUAUUACAAAGCAACGCGUUGAGUCUUACUAUGACCUUGAGCUUCGUACACAGGUUCUUAGUGAUAUCAUGGACAUGAUUCCUGAGGGCAUCAAGCAGUCCAAGUCUAAGACCAUUCUACAACAUCUUUCUGAAGCUUGGCGUUGCUGGAAAGCCAAUAUUCCUUGGAAGGUCCCAGGACUUCCCAAGCCCAUUGAGGAUAUUAUUUUGAGAUAUAUCAAGGCCAAGGCUGAUGGUUGGAUCUCUGUCGCUCAUUACAAUAGAGAGCGUAUCCGCCGUGGUGCUACUGUUGACAAGACUGUCGCCAAAAAGAAUCUUGGUCGAUUAACUCGCUUGUGGCUUAAAUCUGAGCAAGAGCGCCAGUACAACUUCUCCAAGGAUGGUCCUUAUGUUUCCCCUGAAGAGGCUGUUGCUAUUUACUCUGCCAUGGUCAAGUGGCUUGAGAGCAGAAAAUUUGCUCCGAUUCCAUUCCCUCCGCUUAGUUACAAGCAUGAUACAAAACUGCUUGUACUGGCACUUGAAAGCUUGAAGGACUCUUAUAAUGUUAAGGGCAGACUCAACCAAAGCGAACGAGAAGAGCUUGCUCUUAUCGAACAGGCAUACGACAACCCCCACGAGUGUCUGAGUCGUAUCAAGCGCUUCCUUCUUACUCAAAGAGUCUUUAAAGAAGUUGGUCUUGAUAUGAUGGAUCACUAUACUCAUAUUACACCUAUUUAUGAGGUUGAUCCUUUAGAAAAGAUUACAGAUGCGUAUCUUGAUCAAUAUCUUUGGUAUGAGGGUGACAGGCGUAACAUCUUUCCCAAUUGGAUCAAGCCCAGUGAUUCUGAGGUGCCCCCUCUUCUUGUUUACAAGUGGUGCCAAGGCAUCAACAACCUCAAAGAUGUUUGGGACGUUUCCGAGGGACAAUGUAACGUCAUGUUCCAGACUACUCUCUCUAAAGUUGCAGAAAAGAUCGAUUUCACUCUGCUUAAUCGUCUGUUGCGACUCAUUGUUGAUUCCAAUAUUGCAGACUACAUUACUGCUAAAAACAAUGUCAACUUGUCUUAUAAGGACAUGAACCACGUCAACCAAUAUGGUCUCAUUCGUGGUCUUCAGUUUUCUUCCUUUGUUUUCCAGUAUUAUGGAUUGGUUCUUGACAUUAUAUUGUUGGGUUUGGAGCGUGCCAGUGAGCUUGCUGGUCCUCCCACCCAACCAAAUGACUUUUUGCAGUUUGCCGAUGAAGAAACUGAAACAAGUCAUCCCAUUCGUAUGUACGCUCGUUACAUUGAUAAGAUCUUUAUAUUUUAUCGCUUUACUGCUGAUGAAGCAAAAGAGCUUAACCAGCGGUUCCUUAUUGAGAAUCCAGACCCCAAUUUUGAAAACAUUAUUGGAUAUAAUAACAAAAAGUGCUGGCCACGCGACGCUAGAAUGCGUCUUAUGAGACAUGAUGUCAACCUUGGUCGUGCUGUCUUCUGGCAGGUCCGUAACAGUCUUCCCCGUUCUCUCACCACGAUUAAUUGGGAAGACACAUUUGCUUCGGUUUACAGUAAAGACAAUCCUAAUUUGCUGUUUUCCAUGGUUGGCUUUGAAGUUCGAAUUCUUCCUAAGGUUCGUGCUGAAGAUAUGAAUCUACAGACUCAAGACAGCGUUUGGGAUUUGAUUGAUGAAGAGACGAAGGAGAGAACCGCUUACGCAUUUCUGCGAGUUUCAGAGGAAGACAUUGCCAAAUUCCGCAAUCGUAUUAGACAGAUUCUCAUGUCAUCUGGUUCUACUACUUUUACCAAGAUUGCGAAUAAGUGGAAUACCGCAUUGAUUUCCAUCUUUACAUAUUUCCGUGAAGCUGCUGUUGCAACAGAAGAACUCCUGGAUGCACUGGUCCGCUGCGAGACUAAGAUCCAAACCCGUGUCAAGAUUGGUCUCAAUUCCAAGAUGCCCAGUCGUUUCCCACCAGUUGUCUUUUAUACACCUAAGGAGCUUGGUGGUCUUGGUAUGCUAAGUGCAAGUCAUAUUUUGAUCCCAACUUCAGAUCUUAGAUGGUCUAAGCAGACAGACACUGGUAUCACACAUUUCCGUGCCGGUAUGAGUCACGAAGAAGAUCAGCUUAUUCCUAAUAUCUUCCGCUAUCUGACUUCCUGGGAAUCUGAGUUUAAGGAUUCACAGAGAGUUUGGGCCGAAUAUGCUAUGAAACGUCAAGAAGCAUUGCAGCAAAAUCGUCGUCUUACUCUGGAAGACCUUGAAGACAGUUGGGAUCGUGGUUUGCCUCGUAUCAAUACUCUCUUCCAAAAAGAUCGUCAUACACUUGCAUAUGAUAAAGGUCAUCGCAUUCGUACAGAGUUCCGCCAAUUCAGCAUUGCUCGUGUUAAUCCAUUUUGGUGGACCAGUCAACGUCAUGAUGGUAAACUUUGGAACCUCAAUGCUUAUCGUACUGAUGUCAUUCAAGCUCUUGGUGGUAUUGAAACCAUUUUAGAGCAUACUCUUUUUAAGGGUACUGGUUUUGACAACUGGGAGGGUCUUUUCUGGGAGAAAGCUGCCGGCUUUGAGGACUCUCUCAAGUUUAAAAAGCUUACCAAUGCUCAAAGAUCUGGUCUUAAUCAGAUUCCCAAUCGUCGUUUCACUCUUUGGUGGUCUCCGACAAUCAAUAGAGCGAAUGUCUAUGUUGGUUUCUUGGUGCAGCUUGAUCUUACUGGUAUUUUCUUGCACGGUAAGAUCCCCACACUGAAGAUUUCUCUUAUUCAAAUCUUCCGUGCCCAUUUGUGGCAAAAGAUUCACGAAAGUGUCAUCUUUGAUUUGGCAUCGGUUUUAGACGAAGAAAUGGACACUCUACAGAUUGAAAGUGUUCAAAAGGAAACCAUUCAUCCUCGUAAGUCUUAUAAGAUGAAUUCAUCUACUGCUGACAUUGUCGUCUUCUCCUCCUAUCGCUGGUCUGUUUGCAAACCUUCCUUGUUGAACGAUUCCAAGGAUAAUAUGGACUUUGCCACUACUAACAAGUUCUGGAUUGAUGUUCAGCUCCGUUACGGUGAUUACGAUUCUCAUGACAUAUCCAGAUACACUCGUGCAAAGUUUUUGGAUUAUACCAGUGAUGGCAUCAGUGUUUACCCCUCUAGCACGGGUAUCAUGAUUGGAAUUGAUUUGGCGUACAACAUGUAUGACGCCUAUGGAAAUUGGUUCCCAGGUCUUAAGCCCCUUGUUAAGCAGGCCAUGUCUAAGAUCAUGAAGGCCAAUCCUUCGCUCUUUGUUUUGCGUGAACGCAUUCGCAAGGGUCUGCAACUGUACCAGUCUCAACCCCAAGAAGCUUUUUUGAACUCGCAAAAUUACUCCGAGCUUUUUGGAAAAGACAUUCAGUUCUUUGUUGAUGACAGUAAUGUUUAUCGUGUUGUAACACACAAGACUUAUGAGGGUAACAUGGCCACCAAGCCUAUUAAUGGUGCCUUGUUUAUCUUUAACCCUCGUACUGGUCAGCUUUUCCUCAAGAUUAUUCACACUUCGGUUUGGGCUGGUCAAAAGCGUAUGAUUCAACUUUCCAAAUGGAAGACUGCCGAAGAAGUUGCUGCUCUUGUCCGUACCCUUCCUCGUGAGGAGCAGCCCAAGCAGAUUAUUGUCACAAGAAAGGGUAUGCUUGAUCCUCUUGAGGUUCAUAUGUUGGAUUUCCCCAAUAUUUCCAUUAGACCUUCCGAGCUUCAGCUGCCAUUUAGUGCCGCCAUCAAGAUUGAAAAGCUUGCUGAUCAGAUUCUUAAGGCUACUGAGCCUGAGAUGUUGCUUUAUAACUUGUAUGACGACUGGCUUAUUGACAAUAAGACAGAGCCAGGCACAGCCUUUUCUCGUCUUGUUCUCAUUUUGAGAGCCCUUCACGUUAAUAACGAGAAAGCCAAGAUCAUCUUGCGUCCUGACAGAACUGUUGUCACUCAGGAGUACCACUUGUGGCCAUCAUACACCAUUGAGCAAUGGGUCAACGUUGAAAACCAGCUCAGUGACCUUAUUCUGAAUGACUAUGGUAAAAAGAAUAAUGUGGAUCCUGCAUCUCUCACACAGCAAGAAAUCCGUGAUAUUAUUCUUGGUCAGGAUAUUAAGGCUCCAUCUUUGCGUCGUCAGGAAAUUGCUCGUAUUGAGCAACAAGAGCAGGAGCAAUCACAGCUCACUGCAGUCAAAACAAGAACCCAAAACGUUCAUGGCGACGAAAUGGUUGUUGUUACCACAAGUAAUUAUGAGCAGCAAGCCUUCCAAUCUAAGACUGAGUGGAGAAGUCGUGCUAUUUCUACUACCAACUUGCACUUGCGUGCCAAGCACAUUUAUGUUUCUUCGGAUGAUAUUCAAGAUGACGAUACUCAUUUCACUUAUGUCAUGCCAAAGAACAUUCUCAAGAAGUUUAUUCAAAUUUCUGAUUUGCGUGCUCAAGUUGCCGGCCUGCUUUAUGGUUUAUCUCCUGCCGAUAAUAGCCAAGUUAAAGAGAUCAAGGCUAUUGCCCUUAUUCCUCAGCUUGGAAACGCACACUCUGUGCAACUGGCUAGUCAUUUACCUGAUCCCUCUGAUCCAUUGCUUGAGGGCCUUGAGCCCUUAGGUUGGUUACACACUCAAGCUCAGGAACAACCUUUCUUGUCUCCAGUUGAUGUCACUGCUCAGGCUAAGCUCAUGAAUGAGAACUCCAGCUGGAACGCAAGUGCCAUCACUAUGACAGUGUCCUUUACUCCAGGCUCUGUGUCUCUUGCUGCAUUUUCUCUUUCUUCUAAGGGAUUGGCGUGGGGCUCUCAAAAUAAGGAUAUCUUUUCUCCAAGCCCAGAGGGUUUCUCUACUCAAUUUGGCGAAAAGUGCCAGUUGCUUUUGUCUGAUCGCAUCAAGGGCUUUUUCUUGGUCCCAGAUACCAACCUUUGGAAUUUUGCAUUUGUCGGUGCUGGAUGGAGUCCUAGUACAAAGUACGAUCUUAAGGUUGAUACACCUUUGCCAUUUUACCACGAGCUCCAUCGUCCUAUUCACUUUACUACAUUUACUGAGCUGGAGAACGAUGAUAUUGGUAUUGACCGUGAAGAUGCCUAUGCUUAG